AUGAUGCGCUCCCGGGUCGACGACGUCACUCCUGGUGUCGCUGCGGGACACCCAGAGUCGCUGCUUGGCACUCGCCAGCGCUACCUCGCGUUCAACAGCAGCAGUGGCGCCUCUUGGUUUGUGCGCAAAGACGUGAUGCUGAAGAACGUGCAGGCGAAUCAGGACAGAACUCUAUGGGUGGACGUGGAGGGCGAGACGCCAGAGGAGCGUCGCGCCAUCUUGAACGCCCUUCCCUGGUGCGUGAGCAUCCCGUCAACGGUGCUGGAUGCCGUUGCGCAGCCGACGGAGAGUGACGUGGUCGAACUGCAGCCUAGUCGGGCGCAGUAUGCUCACGGUGUGCUGAGCUGUGCUAUUGACCCUCUGUACGGGACCGUUGAUGAGGCCGCCUCGGUUGACGAGGAGAAUUUCAGCAGCGAGGCCUUCGACGCCGCCCGCGGCUUUGUCUGGUGCUCGGUGCUCAUCACUGAAGCGCUGAUCGUGACGAUGCACGACAAGCGGUUCCUUGGCCUGGAGGAGGUGGUGCGGGCCCUGGAGAUGCGGGUAAACCUGGCGGACACAACCGGUCUCGGGUGCAGCACGAUCACGCCGAGCAUCGUCCUUGCGACGCUGGUGGCGUAUUCCAGCGAAAUGAUGUUGCCAGACCCGACAGCGCUGCUGAGCGAGGUGGACUGCAUCGACGAGAUGGUGCUCCUGAUUGCGCCGGGUGAGCGUGACCAGCCGGAUCUGCUGCGGCGUGUUGCCCUGCUGCGCCGCCGCAUCUCUUCCUUCCGCGGCCUGCUCUACCUGAAGGAGAAACUUCUGCGCGAGUUGGUGACACCCUCGAUGCGGGGCAGCUUCGUUGCAGGCGACAUGCUGCACGUCAUGCCCAUCUACAAGGAGGCACUGGAUAAGAACACGCAGGUGGCGGUCCGCCUCGACGACGCGCGCGACAUCUUGAACCAGGCGAACCUAAACUUUGUGACGGGUGUGUCGAUGCGCAUGUCGCAGAGCUCGGCGAACAUGGACUUCAAGAUGCAGAUUCUUAGCCAGGUCGCCGUCAUUUGCCUGCCGCUGAAUCUUCUGGCCUCCAUCUUCGGCAUGAACUGCGAGGUGCCGUGGCUGGCCGAAACCCAUCCCAACCUGAGAGCCUUCUGGGGCAUUGUCGGUCUGAUGGUGGGGUGGGUACUCCUCUGCAGCAUCCCGACGAUCCGCCAUAUCUUGCGCGGCAACGCUGCCAAGCCCAUCGUCCCGGCGGACAGUUAG